GCUACAUGACCAACAAGACGAUUAAGACUCGUCAUUUCGGACCAAAUCCAUUCCAAGUGUGCUUUUUAAGGGCCGACAACAUCCCUGCAGCCCUUAUGAGACGCAAGGCAUGGCGGAGAGACAGGACCAUGAGGUGGAGGAGGCCGACCACAUCUACCUGCUGAUGAAGGAGGAGUACCGCAUCUCCAGGAACGUGCGUCUGGCCUGGUUCCUGGGUAAACUCAACCAAGUCAUCUGGCCCGCCUCCAAGCCUGAGCUGCUGAACUCCGACAACGAGUUGGACCUGCUGAGCAUUUUACCAAAAGGAUGGCAGCAAGACUCCCCCGGCGCCACGCGGCCCUCCAUGCUGAUGCCCUCCACCCGGGCCACCUUCCUGGCCCGCAGGUACCGCUUCAUCAUCGAGCUGGACCUCAGCCCCUCCACAGGGAUCGUGGACGACAGCACAGGGGAGAUGAUUUUCGACGAGGUUUUUCACGCCUUGUCGCGAUGUCUGGCCGGCCUGGCUCAGCCCUUCAAGGUCCCCGGAACACAUCAGCUCUUCAAGCCAAAGAUCUUCAUCACCAUCCUGGUGUAUUCCUCCAUUUUUGGCCUCGCCUCCCAUCAGGUUUUGGUGCAGGGCUGUCAGCUGGACCGGACGGACCUUGGCGAGUUCCUGCACUACAUCUACCAGCAGCUGAAAGCGGUGGAGAGCAACAUUGCAGACGCCCUCAAUCAGCAGCCUGAGAGCAGCGAGUCGGGCCAAAGCGCAGGUCUUCAGAGCAACAACCUGGACGAGCAGCCUCAAAGGCGGCAGGGCGUCUCCAUGGUGUCAGCAGACAUGGGACUGGUUAGCAUGGUGCGUCAAGGCAUCCUGGCCCUGCAGCUGCUGCCCCCCAACUCCAGUGCAGGCAUCAUCAUCAUCACAGACGGCGUGAUGAGCGUCCCCGAUGUCGUCGUGUGCGAGACGCUUCUGAACCAGCUGCGGAGUGGAACCAUCACCUGCUCCUUUGUGCAGGUGGGCGGGGCCUACUCCUACGACUGCAGCUUUGGCUACAUCCCCAACGUGGAGCUCAUGAAGUUCAUCUCGCUGGCCACCUUUGGCUCCUACCUCCCCAGCUGUCCUCAACCGGGCCGGGACUGCCAGGAGAUGAACGCCUACCACAAGGCCUUCCUGACCUACUCCUUCCUCAAGACCCCCGAGUCCAUGAACUCCGAGUCCUUCUGCGUUUCCCAGCACAAGCUGUUCAACGAGCACCUGGUGUCCGCCAGCGGAAACCCGGCGCUGGUCAUGAGGAGGAAGAAGCACACGGAGAAGGAAGUCCACGCUCAUUUGAUCAGCGUGGUGUCGGUGCGGCUGAGGGAGGGCUACACCAUCCGGGAGAUCAGCCUCACGAAAGGCGGCGCCCAGCUGGAGGUGAAGCUGGUGCUGCUGUGGAAACACAACAUGCACAUCGAGUACUUGGCGGCCGCCUCCUGGCCGCUGGACCCCGGCAAGCGCACCACCCGCGUGGAGGUCACCAUGGAGGGCAGCUACGACAUCCUGCACGACAUCAGCUGCACGCAGAGGAAGCCCAUCACCAGUCCGUACCGCACCUCCGUCAUCCGCCGCUUCUGGAACACGCUGCAGAGCAUCAACCAAACGGAUCAGAUGUUGGUGCACCUGCAGUCCUUCAACUCCAUACCUGAGAACUACACCAUUCCGGAGAGCACCAAAAAUGGAGUUCCUCUCUUCUACAUCCCGCCUGGCUCGACGACUCCGGUUCUGUCUCUGCAGCACAGCGGCUCCAAGGACUCCUCCCAGUCCCAGUUCGCCUCCUACUGGAAGCCCAUCCUCUCCAUGGAUGCCAACUUCUGGCAGAGGUGGCUGCACAUGCAUCGCAUCGCCAUCGUCCUGGAGCACGACCUGCCGGUGCCCAAACACCUGCACACAGCUGGAAACAACGGCCGCUACAGCACCAUCCAGUGUCGCAUCUCCCACUCGGCGCUCACGUCUCUGUUGAGGGACUGGAGCAGCUUUGUGCUGGUGGAGGGAUACUCUUACGUCAAACUUAUUUACAGUUCACCUGAGCAGCCCCCCACCUCCUUCUAUCUGGUCCGGCUCAUCUCCAAGACGCCCUGCAUGGUGCUGAGACUGGGCUUCCCUAUCGGGACACCGGCACAUGUUCGGAACAAGGGAUUGUACUGCAAGCUGCCGUAUUGUGUCUCCUGCCAGAUUGUGGACGAGCUCAGAGAGCAGAUCCUCAAGCUGCGCUUCCCGCAUCGCGUUCAAAACAAAGAGGCCACGCCCAAGACCAAGAGGAAGGCCGCGGGGCACCCAUCGCCGUCCAAGUCGCCCUCGCUCUCCGCUCCCAAGCAGGCGCUGUCAGACCGCCCGUGUGUGGUGGUAGUCAACAAGCCCCUGGAGAAGCUGCUCAUUCGGUACGAGAAGCUGCCGCUGGACUUCAGGAUCCCCUUCAUUCUCAGCAUGGAGAACUCGGUGCAGCCCUCCAGCACCGCGGGACCCCUCUACGUGGCGGCCAACCGGACCGCCUCGUCCACGCUGGCCUCGCUGUCUCGCUACUUCCUGCACCGGCGCUGGGUGUGGGCGGUGCAGAGCGGCCAGGGUCCUGCUGUGGCCAUGCAAGCGGUCGCCCACAUCCUGUCCAUGCUCUCAGAGAUCCGCUUGUCUGAGGGCUUUCACUUCGCUGCCAGUGGAGACGGCAUCGUCAACAUGGUCAUCGAGUUGCCGAUGAAGGUCAUGUCAGCCGACUGUGACCGAGAGAGUCACUCUUGCAUCGUUCAGUACAUCCUCUUCCCUCCUCACGCCACCUCCACCAAGGACAGCUUCUCCACCGACGACGACAACGACACAGAGGUGGAGGCGGUGGACGUGGACGUGGAGCUGAACCUGGUGACGGAGUGCUGGGUGGAGCCUCAGAGCGGCACCGUGACCAACUGCUCCGAGCAGCACCGCCACCUGCAGGGCCUCCGCUACCAGGAAGUGCCUCAAGCGAUCUUCCCCAGAGAUUUAGCAUGCAUGUCCACCAUGAUGACCUUCGAGUAUCUGAGCCAGUUGUGUCAGAACAAGGACCAGGCGUGGGCUUUGCCAGCUGGACUCAAGGACCUGAGAGGAGAACCUCCAGCGUCAGAGGAGAGCAUUCACACGGUGCCUUUCCAGUUUGAUCUCAUCCAGCUGCUCCCCAAGUGUCAGCAGGUGGAGCUCUUCUUCCUCACGUUCGGCACAGAAGUGGAGCUGGAGGAGCACCUCGGCAGCGCCCCCUGCCUGCCCAACGAGCUGCUCCUCAGCCUCUUCCACAGCAGCCUGGAGCAGGAGCUCAGCGACCGGGAGAUCCCCGUUGCCGACGGCGACCACGCCGCCUUCAUGCACCACAUCCUGGAGCGAGAGCGCGACGGCCACUCUGCUCCUUUCGCCCUUCCUGUCAUCAAAGAAGAGUUUGUGAAGCUUCCUGACAGACAGGAAGUGAUGUCGGCCUUCCACACCCCUGGCAGCAGUCGAGAGAUGAUGGGAUCCACCAGCACUUUACAGAGUUUCACCAACGCAGACCUGGCGGACGAGGAGCCUCCGCUGGGGGGGAGGGACUGCUCGGCGCCCCAGUGGAGGUGCUACGCCAAGCACGUCAGCUCCCAGCAGAUCCUGCUCACCUUCCUGCCGGCCACCUUCACAGAUGUCCUGAUGCUGAUGUCGUCGCUGUUGGAAGUUGACCCUUUGAGUAACGUCAGCACGCAGGACGAGGACACUCUGACGCCCAGCAACAAGUCACAGGCGGACUCGCUGUCGGGUUCCACCGAGUCCAGCUUCGGUCUGGCCAUUAAGUUGAGAAGGAGCUCCAGCAGCGGUCACUUCAGCGCCAGGUCGCCGCUGCUCUCCCCGCGCUCCGAGGGCCAGCCUGGGCCCGCUGACUCUCUGGUCCUGGACCGCGAGAGCUGGGAUUGCCGGGUGUUGGAAACCCAGCCUGGAACGCCGAGCUCAGAUCUGGGGGAAAAAGUUCAUUUCACAGAACCGCAGAGGUCGGACCUGCACAGCAGCUUCAGCCGGCAGCUGUCCCAGCAGAGCGGCAGCCAGUUGAAGUGUCCCGUCUACGUGUACAACUGCUGCCUGGAGCUCCUGAAGGAGCAGCUGGUCCACCCCGGCGCCAACCGCCUGCCGAGAGACGUCUUCUUCAGACCUCAAGAGGCUCAGUUCUGGCAGAUGUCUCAGCAGAUGAAGUUCAGGUCCCUGUCUCAGGACCGCAGCAGUCCGUCGCCUUGGACGGACCUCCUGGCGCAGCCUCACAAACACAAGGAGCUGGCCCACCACUGCAGUCUGCUGCAGGAGCAUUACCAGCAGAGCUUCGCCAGAGGAGUCUACCGGAGCCUGCAGCAGUCCUACAGCAUCAGCUCCCAAGACGUCCUGAUGGCCAUGGACUACUGCGAAGAAUCCCUGCAGGAGAUGGACAUCACCUCUUUCCUGCAGACCCUCUGCGGACACAUCAGGGUCUUCAGGGAGAACGGCCGGUCUCCGCCGCAACAUCCCAAACCCACGGAGAGGUCUGCUACCUUCACCAUCGGAGAGGUGGAGGAGGAAAAACCCGAUGUCAAGUCUGCUGUGGCCUCCAUGUCCAGUUUUGAGAUGGAAGAUGCCAGUGAAGUUGAACCAGCUCCUGUAACCAAGACGUCCAGGCUCCCAGUGUUCCCCCUGGAGAUGCUCCAGACGCAUCCCACCUGUGAUAUGUGUCCGGGAGUGCACAAAAUCAUCCAGGAAAAAUUUGUGGGGAUCGUAUCCCACUACUUCAAACCUGUGCCUUCCAAUCCACAUUACUUCUUCUACUGCCCGCCGUCUUCCAAGAGAGAGGAAGACUCUGAGGACGGUGAAAUGGAGGCGAGGCCCAGCGAGGAUCUGCUGUCGGAGGCGGAGCCAGCUACAGAGGAUGAAAUGACAUCCGGCGGCGGCGUCACGACCGAGAGCGACAACGACCUGGUGGUGGAGUACGAGGACCACCGUGGCACCAGGACCCACGCGGGCUCCGAGAGCCGGUCCCGCUCUGACUCCAACACCGUCAACCAGGACCAGGACUCCUUCAGCAUCCUGGACGGAGACUCCCUGCUGGAGGCGGAGGGGCCGAUGUUUGACCUGCCGCCGCUCUUCCUGCACAUCACCUGCUCAGUCAACGCCAAGAGCUGCCAUGGCUCCACCCCCAUUUGCACACUGCCCACCUGCCUUGGCGAGAUCAUUUCCUGCCUGGACGACGUGGAGGCCUUAGAGUCCGUGGACCUGAACGAGCUGUCGGUCACCUUGGACAUCUUCGUCCUGACCCUUCCCCUGGAGAUCGAAGUGAUGUCCGACUUCCAUCACAACAGGUACACCUCGGAGAGCAGCGUGUCGCUGAACCGCUCCCCGGGACAGCCGUCGUCUUAUCGGUCCGACGAGGAGCUGACCGCCGUGAUGGACGGCCUCAGGGGGGCCGACAUGGACCUGGUCUGUGGUGAACCUUUAGCCAAGCUGCCGCUUCCUCACAAGCACGCAAUCGAGGCCACAAUGGACGAGAUCCGUUGGCUGCUGGAGGAUGAGAUCGUGUCCUCCCUGCGUCGCUCUCGCACCAUCAGCCUGGCCACGCUGCACAAAGUGGCGGAGCACGUGGUGAUGUCAGUGGGCCGCCCUCACUGUCACGGUGAAGAUGUCCCCCUUCAGUUUGUCUUCCGGCCGGAGCAGUCGCUGGACAAGUUUAAAGAGGAGUUCCGUCGGAUGCCGCUCUCGGGCUACGUGCUCAACAGUGAACAGGACAGCUUCUACUACGUGUCUCUGAGCCGGCUGCACCCUCAGAGGAUCCACGCCGAUGAGAGGCUGACCGAGAGCGCCGCCGCCCCCCUGAAGCAGGCCGCCUCCAACGGCGUGCCGCCCCAGGAGGAGUCCGCCUUGGCGGCCGAAGGGGAAGACGAGGAGGAUCCGACUGCGGAGCUUGGCGAGAAGGACGGCCCCUCGAAGGCGGACGCCGACAACAACGGCCCGGCGGCAGACAAAUGUCAGUCCAACAACGUCCUGCUCCUGAACGAGCGCUGCCCCGAGGCGACCUCUCCGACCAAGACCCCCUCCAGCGUCAGCCUGGCCGAGUCGGUGCAGUCCGUCUCUCACAGCUGCGGCAAGCUCCGGCCCUGUCGAGUCCAGAGUGUUGUUUCCAGCCAAGGAAGUUUGGACUCCGACAUGCAGGGCUACGAUGGGGGCAGCAGUGACUCCGAGUGCGAGAGUCCCACCCUGGACGACCAGGAGAGUCGCACGCAUCUGAUGCCGGACUUCUGGCUCAUCGUGAAGAUCCACCAAGACCGAGUCAAGGUCUACUCCCACUCCAGGAGUCUCAGUGAAGAAAAGGAGCCCAGCGCCAAAGAGAUGGAGACCAGGGAAGACCAGCAGGAGCUGCCCGAAUAUUUAAAACUGCACCAUUUGGUAGUGAGGAAGAUCGGGGAACUCUGUCGAAUAGUCAAUCAGCGCAUGCUGCUGCAGGACCUGCAUGACAGCCACGUGUGCAACUCCCUGCUGGUUGCCGAGAGCGAGGAGGACAUCUGGAAGAACGAAUCUCUGUACAGGCAGAGACGCAACGCCUCCGACGAUUUCCACCCAGAGGAGAGCUACCAGGCCAGAGACUACCUGGCUGCCACCAUGCAGUUCAUACCGGGACAUUUUGCCUGCGAUGUGGUGUGGCGCACCAUCAUCCACAUCCACCCACGCCUCAAGAUGGGCCCCAACAUGGGGGUCUCCAGAGCCAUCCAGGCGCUGCGCUCUGUGCUCAACUCCUUCUGCGUGGGCAACAGGACCAACAUGUUUGUCUACCAGGAGCGCACCACCAAAGCCGUCUUCUACCUCAGACUUUACGAGACGUCUCUGGCAGGGAAGUACUCCGACAUGGACGGAGGCCUCCAGGUGAAUCGCUCCAUCGGCCUGGCAAGGAGUCAGGAGCCGCUGUUCUCCGAGGACCUCAUGGGCUCCAGGUCGUCUCUGGAAGGUUCUCGCCCAGUGGGACAGGUGGACAAGCACAUCCUGCUGCUGGUGCACGGCGUGGGCAACGCCGGCCCGGAGAUCACGGACGAGCUGGUGAAGGUCCUGCGUAGACGUCUGGACGAGACCACGUUGGACCUCAUCACCGUGAUGCUGGUCAGGAACUGCAAGCUGACGCCGGCUGACGUGGAGUUCAUCCAACCGUCGGGUUCUCCCGCCACCGAGGUCAUGACCUUUGGCCUGCCUCACUUCUGUGUUCCCUGGCUGUCCGCCGUGGCCCACUACCUCCGGCAGAACCUGCUCAUCUUCCUGCACGUGCCCAAGUACACGGACAGCAACACGGCGCACCACUUCAAGCACUGCUUUCAUUCCGGCGCCGACGCGGCAGACGGCGACAUCUACCUCUACAACAAGCCGGGGGGUCAGGGGACCGGAGGCAAAGGUAUCGCCUGCAUCACGCUGACAUUUGUGGAUGCCAGCGGGCGACCCCUUCAAGUUCCAGCUCUGGACUCUGGCACCCUGCCCAGAUCUGACCACUGCUCCGUUCCUUUUCAUCCCGACAUGUUUGACCAGUUGACCACGGUGCUGAAGGUGGACGGCAGUCGCAGUCAAGAACCGCACCUGUUGGUACGCUUCGACGUCUGGGAGCAGGGCAACGUCAGCCCCUCGCAGUUGGCCGACAAACUGCAGGGGGCGCUGCGCCACGCCCUGUGCGACGCCGUCAUGGAGCUGAGGGUCCUGCCCAACCCGCUCUGCCUGCCGUGCCCUGCAGCCAAAGCCCACAAGGAAGAGGUCAAAGGCCUGUCGAGUCCGGCUGAGGUGAAGGAGGUCAAGGACAGUCCCAGACAACGUAGCGGGUCGCGGGUCUUUAAAAGCAGCCCCUCCCCCAUCACCUUGACGCAAAGCGGCGCCAUGACGGGGCCCGGCACGCCCGAGUCCACCACCCCCACCGGGAAGAGCACGCGCCGCAGCUUCUGGGACAUCCUGAGUAAGCCCGACUCUUCGGAGUUGGGAAGCCCGAAGACGACCGACGACAUCGUGCAAGAGAGAGGAGAGGAGGGACGCGUGGCCCGGCGGAGGCACAAGACGGAGAGCGUGAAGCGACAGUGGACCCAGGAGGGAGUCAGCGAGCUGGAUCACCCUAUGAGGAGGCAGGCGUGCCAGCUGGAGGAGGGCGACGCCGGCGCCCUGCAUCCCGUCUACCAGCUCACCUCCCAGCCGUGGAUCGCCUUCAUGGCCGAGCUGGGCUGCCCCUCCAUUCAGCAAUGCACGGCCCAGAUCGCCUCCCACUUCCUGCUGCCGUCCAUCCUGGCCGAGUUGGUGGGUCUGGUCGGCUCCCUGGCCAGCGACACCAGUGUCAAGAUCUUUGCCAAGACAAGCUGCCCAGCUACUGGAGACAUCUUUGUGCCUUCCACGCUGCUCCAAAACCUCUGGCAGCGUCCUGAGGCUUCCAGGAGCUUCAUUCUGGUGGGGAGAAACUUCCACCAGUGGCACUGCAGCACAGAGCAAGACGACAGUUCCGAGGAGGAAAGCGCGUUCACACCUCACAAGGGCUUCCAGCGCUUCGAGGCCUCGGAGCAGCCGGGCGACAGCUCCACCGGGUCAGCGGCGCCCCGACAGAGGUUCCUGCUCAUCAGCAUCCAGGACAAAAAGGUGACGCUGUACAGCUACAACUGGUCGGCGGAGCUGGGCGCCUCCCUGAGCGGCGAGCUGGUCCGACUGGUGAAGUGGCAGAACGCCAGGGCCCACGUGGUCCACUGCCUGCUCAGCCAGAAGAUGGGCCUCUUCCACCACCACUGCUUCUCCGACGCGCCGCUGCACCACGUGGACUCCAAGCGGGAUCCCAACCCUUUCCUGGGGCCGGCCAUGGAGCCCGACACGCUGCUCCGGAGUCCGGUUCCUCCGCGGCUCAGCAAGGAGCAAGGCAGGCUGUCGGGAUCGGGCCGAAGUCUCGCUCCUCUCCACUUCCCCUCCGAGCUGCUGCCCUUCGACGAGGCUCUGAGGGACGUCUGCACCAUCCGACCCCUGAUGGAGGGCGACGCUGUGGCCCGACAUGGCGGACAACUCCUGGAGAUCAAAGUGGCUGAGAGGAGAGAACUGGAGAAGCAGAUGAAGAUCGAGAACCUGUUUGUGACGUGGCAGCAGAGGUCCGCUCAGUCCAACAUGCCCAUCGCACUGGCAGACCUGGAGACCCUGAAGCAGUCCUCCAGGCUGGUCCACUACUGCGCCACGCCGCUCCUCUUUGACCCCGUCUUCCGCAAGCAGAUCCAGGAGGAACAAGCGGUGCCGCCGCCAGCCAAGAAGCGCCAUCGCUCCAGCGACUCCACGGCGUCGGGCCGCGACCGCAGCUACAGCGCCGACUCUGCCGACAUGCUGCCCGGCCGGCUGAAGCAGGAGCCGUGGCUGCUGGACAUCUCCAGCACCUUCCUGCAGCAGUACGUGCAGUACCUGCAGAGCAUGGGCUUCAUCCUGGUCCAGGUGCGCCCUCAGUCCCCGGCCCGCAGCAUCGCCCGGGCUCGUGCUGCCAUGCUGAACUCCAUGUCAUCAGAGGGCAGGAUGUCUUUUUCUUAUGUGAAGCAGAAGAGCGAGGACAGCCCCAAGACCACGGUGUCCGCCACCACCGCUUAUCACCUCCAGAGGGCGCUGCCAGGCGGAAUCGUGCUAAUAGAGCUGGCUUUUCAGGGCUGCUACUUCUGUGUCAAGCAGUACGCGCUGGAGUGUUCCCGCAUACCCAUGGGACAGUCGGUCAACUCGCAGGGCAGCAUCCUCGCCAAACCUCGUUGCAAGCCGUUCCCAGACGCCACCCCGGUAUCUGACUGUGCGCUCUCCAUGCUGUUCACGGAGGAGUGCGACAAGGUGCGGGACCUGAUGCACGUGCACUCCUUCAGCUACGACUUCCACCUGCGGGUGGUGCACCAGUACCUGCUGGGCUGCCACAUGACUCUGCGCCAGGGCUACCAGCUCACCGACUUCCUCAACGACUUCAUCUCGCAGCAUCCCGACAUCCCCAAGUUCGGGCGCAACCACGUCUUCCAAGGAUGCUUCUCCGUCCCCACGGGGAUGAUAACUGCCCACCAGCUCUACAACUACAUCACCGACCACGCCAGCGCCUACGGCAUGAAGCCCCUGCGCAUGUCCAAGGCCGCCGGCGCCGCCGACGCCAAGAAGGCGGCCGAGCUUCACGAGUACGCGCUGGUGGCGCUGUGGAACAGCUCCGGCUCUUACAAGGACCUGGAGGGUCUCCAUCAUCGCGACGUCUUCGACGUGUCCCUGGUGGUCUGUCACAACGCGGCGCCCUUCGAGGAGCAGUCGGACGGGGAGAGGCACGUGCUGAGGUUGCGCUUCUACGUGAUCAUGACCAGCCAGAGAGAGCUCUUUCCCCGACUCACAGCUGACAUGAGGCGCUUCAAGAAGCUCCCUCAGAUCCACCGUGAACCGGGCGAUGCGGGCGGCCGCCUACCCACGGACCGGGCGGACGCCUGCCUCGGUGGCGAGCAGGACCUCUGGGAGGACGAGGCGGCGGCGGCCACCUCCACGCCCAGCGACGGCAACGAGUUUUACCCGCUGGUGGGCGUGUCCGCCGAGCCUCAGGGGCUGCUGUACCCCUCGCCGCUGUUCCCCCUGCUCAACAACGAGGUGGCGGUGGCCCGCCGGCAGAUCCAGGCCAGCGUGGAGGAGGCCAUGGGUCACUGCCGCAGGGACAACCUGUGGAGGAGGCUCUUCCACGGCGAGCACCUGGCGCUGGACAAGCUCAAGCUGACCAAGCUGACCUUCAGCGAGCUGGAGGAGCUUCUGGAAUCCGUCCAGAGCCGCUCGGUGGGGGAGAUCGACCCCCAGCUGGACUGUUUCCUCAACAUGAGUCCCACCUGGUACCAAAGUCUCAUCAAGGUUCUGCUCAGCCGAUUCCCUCAAAGCUGCAGACAUUUUGACGACAGCGGAGUCCAGUAUCUGGCUGUUCUCAACCAGAAGUUCACCGACUGCUUCGUUCUGGUCUUUCUGGACUCCCAAGCUGGAAAAACUAGCUUGAAGGUGGUGCUACGAGAAGCUCUGCCCCCUCAGCCGCAGGACGGCAGCAGCCCGCCGGCCCUGCUGGUGUCCAUGUACCACCACCUGGAGUCGGUCAUCAACACGGCCUGCUACAACCUCUGGACCGGACUCUUGUGACGGACUGCCCUCUGAAGUGUUUUUAUUCAAGAUCUACACGGCCGACUCCUGGAACAUUUCAAUCGUUGGCUCGCUGUCCUGUGGGUCUGACAAGGUGCAGCUGACUUGUUUUGGACUCUCGCCCAAAAAGCCGAGUGACUGGAUGAGGUGUAAAAAGACUUUGGACUCGGUCUUCGGUUCCCACGCUCUGGAGAGACAAGACUCUGGUGAUGAAACGCAGCACUUUACCGACGGUGCGGGCCCUCGGACUUCCCACGCAUCACGUGACCUGAAGUGCCUUUUUUUGGUUUGACCUUUUUUUUUCUUAGGGUGUCCAACACUGGAGCGGGAUCAUGUGACCACGGUGCGAUCCCACAAUAAAUCACACAAACACAA